UAAGAGCACGUCCAACGCAUGAUUUAAGAGGGUCCUUAGCCAUAAUCUCUUCCAUUUGUCGAUUAAAAAACUAUUAAAAUAAUCCCUAAAGCUAAGGAUUAGUCCUAAGUUAAGGAUUAGUCCGUCCGGGUCCGUAAUGCGCUGGCAGGCUCUGAUUGGCUGAGAGGACGGUGGUGUUUCGUGUGGGAAGAGAAAGAAAGACGCGUCGUCUUUCACUUUGUCGAGGCAAGAAAAAAAAACCCGAGACGCGACGAAGAGGCGAUAGAGCGGCGAUAGAGAGGCGAGUCACGACCAGCCUUUUGGAAGGUACUGAUAUGGAGGAAGAACUCCGAGAUAUGAAAGCACACAAAGCGUACAUCAGCCAGGUUGAUUUCGUUGCAAAUGCGCAACAGGGCAUUCCCCAACUGUGCCCCUGUGGAUCAAACAUGAAGAGGACCGUAGAUGAAGUUGAUACAUAUGACUACCUCCCCGGGAAAAGGUUCUUCAUUUGCAAAGACUUCGAGGUUAGUAUUGAUUCUCUAUCUAUGUUGAUUAUGUUGAUUAUGUUACUAAGAUAUUUGUUUGUUGUCUGAUUAGUUUCCCUUUAUUUGUUUGGCAGAAUGACGGUCUUCAUUUCAGGCAACCAUGGGUCAUGGCUGUGGAAGAAGAGGUCGAGAGACUCAAACAACGCGUUCACGAUCAUGACAAGCUUCUGAGAGAGUGUGAAGCACUUAAGGUAUGUUUAUGCUCUCAGUAAAGGUACUUUUGUUUGUUGUAGAUUUGUAACUCAUUGUUUCUUUCUUUACUUUAAAAUGCAGUCACAGGUUAGAAGGCUGGGAGAGCGGGUGGCUGAUCUUGAGCGACUCCACUGAGGUUAGUAACCAUUCUUCUUUCCCUAACAAAACUAUAGUCGCUUAGUUAGAACUUAUUAGUUUGAUAGAAAUGGAUAGGAGUGUCGGUUAAUGGUUUAGUUUGUAAACUUCAUUGCUCCACUUAUAUGGAGAAGGACAAGGAUAAGCGGAAGGCUCCUGAAGUGCCUGUGCCAGAGCCAUAAGAUAGACCAGUUGGUGUCAAGGCUGCUAAGGCGCGCGGGUAAGAGGCAAAAACCUAGAAAAAAUAAGGAGUUCUCGCAGCUAGAAGGACUUAUGGAGAUGAAAAAGCAAAUCUCAAGGCAAAGUUUGCUGGAGAGGUUGCUUGCAAAGCCGGAGCCCCUCGAUGAGAUGGAAUCAGAUCUCAAAAAUAAAAUGUUGUCUGAAUUGUUGUCAUGAGUGAUGGUUUGUUUAGCUUUUGCUUGCAUUAUAGUUUUGAUAGCAUUGUUCACUUUGUUGUGAUAUGAACUGUUGACUGAUAUGAAAUGCUUUGUUUCAGGUGGAGUACAAGAGACGAGGUCACGGGUUGUCAAGAGUACAAGAGAAGAGGUCACGGGUUGUCUACUAGUUUCACGGGUUCAUGUAUGUUUUUCUUUGCGGAUGUGAACCAAGACAAUACGUUCACGGGUGUUGUCUUUAUAUCUUCAAGUGUUGUCUUUAUAACUUAGUGUCUGUAUGUUUUUCUUUUCAUGUAUGAACUUGAACCAUCUAUGUAUCAAACUACUAUCAUGAAAUGUAGUUCCUCUUCUUCUUGUUGAUCGCAUCAAUUUGUCAAACACAAAAGACCAUAAGUUAACAAGCAUCAAUAUACAAGAAGAGGGUCAUACCCGUCUAUGGAAUGACUACUUCAGUGAUAAUCCAACAUUUCUGCCUCAUUUAUUCAGACGUCGUUUCCCCAUGAACAAACCAGUAUUCAUGCGUCUUGUCAAUUGUCUCUCAGAAACUUUUCCAUUCUUUCAACAUAGAAGAUAUGCUAUCGGAAGAUUAGGUCUAUCUCCACUACAAAAGUGUACGGCAGCACUUCGUAUACUUGCUUAUGGCUGUGCCGCUGACGCCGUUGACGAAUAUCUCCGACUUGGUGAAACCACAACACUUUCAUGUUUAACCAAUUUCACAGAAGGGGUAAUCCAGUUAUUUGGAGAUGAGUAUCUACGAAGGCCCAAUCCAGAGGAUCUUCAACGACUGCUCGAUAUUGGAGAGAUACGCGGGUUUCCUGGGAUGAUAGGCAGCAUCGACUGUAUGCAUUGGGAAUGGAAAAAUUGUCCAACCGCUUGGAAAGGACAAUACACCCGUGGAUCAGGAAAGCCAACAAUUGUCUUGGAGGCUGUAGCUUCACAAGAUCUUUGGAUAUGGCACGUUUUUUUUGGUCCUCCAGGUACAUUAAACGAUAUUAACGUCCUCGAUCGAUCUCCUGUUUUUGAUGACAUUUUCGAAGGUAGAGUUCCAAGGGUACAAUACCAGGUCAACGGACACCAUUAUGGUUUGCCUUACUACCUCACAGACGGUAUAUAUCCAAGAUGGUCAACAUUUAUCCAAUCUAUCUCAAACCCUCAAAGUCCAGAAGAACAGUUAUUUGCUAAAGUACAAGAGUCAACCCGAAAAGACGUGGAGCGUGCUUUUGGAGUAUUGCAAGCUCGAUUUGCAAUAGUCAAAAACCCGACUAUUUUGUGGGAUAAGAGACAAAUCGGGAUGGUUAUGCGAACAUGUAUCAUACUGCACAAUAUGAUCGUAGAAAAUGAACGCAAUGGAUAUACUCAGUGUGAUAUAUCAGAGUUUGAAGAAGGCGAAUCGAGUAGAACUUUAGAGGUGGAUAUGUCAUAUGCUCGCAAGCCUUCAAAUCUCCGUGCUAUGCUUGAAAUUCGUAGCCAAGUUCGUGACCAACAUAUACAUGAACAACUUAAAUUUGAUUUGAUUCAAAAUAUUUGGAACAAAUUUGGUAAUGAUGAAAAUGUUUAAUUGUUGUAUGUUUUUUUUGUGUUUCAAUAAAAAUAACAUUUUCAAAUUUUCUUGUUUAAAUUUUUUUUUUUUUAAGGAUUCCAAAACGGAUAACACCAUUGGACCAACAUUUCUGAUUAGAGUCCUUAACUAUUCAAAAAAAUAUUAAAUUAAUGCUAAGGACUCCAAUGGUGGGUAACACCAUUGGAGGUGCUCUAACAUUUCUUAAAAAAUUUACCAUUCAUGAAAAAUAGAUUUUUCUUUUUAUUUCUCUACAUUCCUUUGUUUGUAGAAAAUUAUAGAACAAAUAUUUUUCUUAUUAAUUUUGAUAAGGAACUAUCAUUUAUCAUCAUUUCUAAAAUUUUAUUCCUACUCAUUUUUUUCCUAUCCGUUCUUAAUGUUUCUAUGAUGUUUACCGGUUACAUCCUUUAUGUUAGCAUUACAAUUUAAAAGUGAACUAGCUUUUUUUGUUACUCCGAUCUUCAAAUAACCAAAAGUUCAAAUUCAUAAGUUCCAUUUUUUGUUAACAAUUCACAAGAUUCUUAAUAAAAUUGAUUUCUAUCCUUCAAACAAUCAUCAUGCUGUUUUAUCAUUUUAAAUUUAGAAUAAGUUUUUUUUGUAAACAAUUUUUUUUGUAAACAAUAAGUUAAAGUACUAGUAUUUAAAUCUCAUGUGAAUUCAUUUGCAUGGGUUUUUUUUUGUCAACUUUUUUUUUGGCAACUUUGCAUGGGUAUAUUAUACACUUGUGUUUGUACAGAAAUAACUAAGACAGGUUUAGAGGAAGAAGAAAACAAAAAUACGCAUGCAACAGUGUGCAGUGAUCCAGACCUAAACCACGAAGUGUGUUCAUUAUUCUCUUCUUUUUUUUCAUUAUUCUUAUUUCUUAGGAUUCUUGAAAUCUUGAACUUUUUGUGCUAUCUUUUGAUUUUGUUGUUUUUCAUUUUUUGUGUCCCAUGUCCUAAAAAAAAAGCUCCUGCUUUUGUAGCUCUGCACGCACCCCAACACACACAAGUCAACCCUUAAUCUUUUUCAACAAAAAUGAAAAAUUUAUACCAUAACUAAUCUACUUCUACGUUUAACAUAUUACAUGUACUAAAACAAUCACUUUUAUGGAGUAUUAAAAGAGGAUAUACCAUAGAAAAUAUAUAAGUUUUAACAUAUCUUAGAUGGACGAGUGAAAUCAGGAUUUUAUUUUGAACGUGUCUAAUUGUGUAUACGCGAAGGCACUACGUGUUCGCUCUAUCAUGAAUGUAAAAGUAAAUUACGUGAUGAUAAUUGACCUCGGCGUUGUUCAAACAAAAAGGUGAGAAAAAGAAACGAUUUACAAAGUUCGAACAAAAUCAUUAGUUGCAUAGUUUGCUUGCCUUUCGGGCAAAGGCGUGAAAGCCCACAUGGGAAACAAACUCACAACGCGCCUCGGCUUCCGCAAGCGUCACGCUUUUUCAUGGCAAUACUUUAAUUUUCUCUUUAAUUUUCGCUGAGACCAUUGGUAUUUCUCUAUUUUUUUUAAAAAAAAUAAGAAAACUCUAUAAUAGAGAUGAGUUUGUCUCCAAUGUAUUCUUAUAUUUUUUCCUCUAAAAACGAAUAUUUUUGAUAUAUUCUUUUCUAAUUUUACAAAUAGUACCUUUUAUUUGUGAAAAUUGAAAACCAAUCAAAUUUAGUGUAACAUUCAUAAAAUUAUGAUAUUAUUUACACUGAAUAUUUUUAUAGAAACUAUUAUGUAAAUAAAAAGUAUGAUUAUAUAUUUAUAUAAACAGUAAAUUUUCACUAAAAAAUAUUUAUUUUGGUUAUAAUUGUUAAAGUAAAAAAUUAAAAGAUCAUUUUGUAAA